CCGUUGACACCUUCAGAUCGAUCUGAAGAAGACACCAAAGAUGUUUCUGGGAAGAGAAGCAGCAAAGUCAAAGAUACCCUGCCGACUACAGACCUUGAGAAACUGGACAAGGAGAGGCAGAGAGAGCAGGAGCGGCUCAGACAAGAGAAGGAAGUUGAAGAGAAAGCAUCCAAGGGGACUGCCCAUGGGCCUGAGGAAAGUGAGGAUCUGGACGUAGAAGAAGAGAAGAAGGAGGAAGUUGGAGUGCCAAACAUUAUCAUAGACUGUGCAACUAGAACAUGUGUGAAGCAGCUGAGCAGUGUUAAGUCUGAAGUUCUUCCUGCUGGGACACAG